AUGUUAUUCUGUAAAGAAGUUCUUCACGAGAAGAAACCACUCAUUGCAAUUUGCUUAAAUAAGGAUUGUUAACAAUCUUCAAGUUUGUGUAUUAGUUGUUUUCCAAUUCACUAAAAUCAUAAUGACGAUUUAUAGACAAUAGAAAAUGUAAGAAAAAAAUUGGAAGACAAAAUUUAACAGAUGAAACAGAAUUUUUAAUUUUGUGAAGAUCUAAUUCAAUUAAUUAAUUAAAUCAAAAUGGAGAUUACUCGAACUAUUCAGAAUAUUUAUUUUGCUUAAAAACUUUCUAAUCAUGAAGAGAUUAAUAAGGUUAAAGAAUUAUUAAUUAAUACUACAAUGAAAUAAGAUAAUUCUAUCUUUAAAAAAACAGAAAUAGAACUAAAGAAAGUUAAAGAAAUUUUAAUUGAUUUAAAAUUUUCUAUUGAAUUUUCACAAAAUAAUCUUACUGAUGGAUAAUAGUAAGAAUUUUAAGAAUGCUUAAAAUCAGCAAAUUAAAUUUAUGUAUAAGGAAAAUAUUAACAAGCAAGAGAACUUUUUAGCUAUUGUUUAAAACUUGAUCCAUAUAGUAUCAAUUGUAAAUGGAGAAUAGGUAAUUAUUGUGAUGAAUUAGGUAUGUGCUUAAAAAUGUAAGGUAUCUAUGAUUAAGCAAUUGCAAUUUUCGAUUAAAUUAAUUAAGAACACCCAAACUAUGUGGAAUCAAUCUGUCAUAAAGCAGAUUCUUUAAGACUUUAAGGCAAAUAUGAUGAAGCUUUGAAUUACUUUGAUAAAACACUUAAAUUAGAUGAAAAAAAUUUUGUAGGUUUGAGUUAUAAAGGAGAAACUUUAAGAAAGAUGUAGAAAUUUGAAGAAUCUUUGAUAUUUUUUGAUAAGGCUUUGAUGAUCAAUCCGAAGAGUGCUGUAACAUUAUUUGGGAAAGGUAUUCUUUUAAUUUUAAAAUAAUAGGGGAUUCAUUAAGAUGUUUAAAAAGAUAUGAUGAAGCUAUGAUAGCACUUAAUCAAGGAUAGUAAAUUGAUCCAAAUAAUGCAUUAAUUCUAUAUUCAAAAGGUAAUUUAGACGAAAAUUAAUUUUUUAGGAUAUACAUUGAAAGCAAAAGGAAAAAAUUAAGAAGCAUUAGAAUGCUUUUAGAAAUGUAUAACAAUAAAUCCUUAAUAUUCAAAUUCUUUAGAAAAAGAGAUUGCAUCUUUAAGGAAGUGA